AUGUGGAGCGUGCUUCUGGUCAUCUUGGCUCUCUGCCAUCCCGUGCACGGAGGCGAAUGCCAGAGGGGCCAAAGAUCCCCGGGCCACGAAUGCAAUGCGGGCCCGACACUCCUGCAGUACGGUUCUCGUGUGCGGCAGCCUGAUGUCCUAGCGACCGACAUGGAGGAGGUUACAUCCGAUUCUUGUGCACCUUUCGAGGAGUGGCCCAACGUCGAUGGUGUAACAUGCGGCGGCUGUCGUGCGCUGGUGGAUACAGCGCCAUACGGAGGUCGUUGCGACACGUACUGCGAAAGCUUUGACCACAAGUGUGUGGCUGCGGCAGAGGAAAAGGCAGAAACUUGCGAAGUUCUGGAGCGCAAGCGAUGUGACGAAGAGAUUGCUGACACCUCUGACAUGCUCUGCACUUGUCAGCGAGAGAGCGACGUGUGCUGGGACGGAGUUGGCGGUCUGGUCGCGGAGGAAGGAAAUGAGGUCGGCAAGUUGGAGACAGCAUCCCUGGAAGAGUGCGAGCGCAGUUGCAAUGGCAACGAUGCCUGCAAGAGCGUCACCUUCUGCAAGCAAUGGGGCACCUGUUUCCUCAAGGACAAGAGCCUUUCGGGAAUGGAGGAUGCUCAAAGAAACGAUCACUGCAGCUCCUACUUCAAGAAGCGCUGCGGAAGCGCACCAAUCUCUCGGCCUCCCUGGUCAGGCGGAGGCGGAGGAGAGUCCCUGAAGGUAAGGGUCGUGUCAUACAACCUGUACUGGUGGAAUGCCUUCGGCCAGAACCCUUGGAAGAGCGACCACAUCAUUCGGAACAUCAAGAACACGCUGAAGCCCGAUUCCAUCGGCUUGCAGGAGUGCGAUGAGCCUCACACCAUCCGAGACAGGGCAGGGCUGGAGCGAGCCUCGAAGUUCGAUGGCGCCCAGGGCAUCAUGGUCAAGCCAGGCGCCUUCAGGAAAGGCGACUCUGGGUCAAGAGACAUUCAGGCCACCGGCAAAUGGGGUCCGCGCUACGUGACUUGGGUGGAGUUGAUCGACCCGAAGAGUGAUCGGACUUUCUGGCACUUCAACACCCACUGGUGUGUACACAAUGGCAACGGCCGGGUUUGCAAUGAAGAGGUUCGAUACGGUGGUGCCAAACACAUGCUAGAUGUCAUCAAGGAGAAGGCUUCUGACAUGCCGGUGGUUAUCACAGGGGACUUCAACGCAAAUCUGGACGAGAGGGGACCUCAGCAUUUCCUCAAGAACGGCUUUAAACUCGCUGAAAAUGCUUGGGUGGACUGCAUCUUCUACUCGCAUCACUGGGAAUUGGCCCGGCAUGGUACUGGAGACGCUGCGCAUAGCGACCAUCGUCCGAUCUUUGCAGAAUUGGUACUCAAAUAA